GGGCAAGGGGCGGGAGCUUGUAUGCCAACCAGCCCCUACCUAGUGGGAACUUGUAGUCGAACCGGCCCCUACCAGGCGGGCGCCGACCUCCCUCUUCACGGCGCCCCUUGACAGUUGGCGAGGUGGGCAGGAGCGGGGCUGACUGUCUGGGGCCUGAGCCACUCUGCGGGUGGCUGUGGCGUCUCUUUCCGGCGCGGCCUGGCCCAAGUCUGCGCAGCGGUGUUGAACCACACUGCUCAGAGGUGGCAGCAAAAAGGGGGCAAGGACUGGGGUGAAGCGAGGCGCGGCCCGGUCCUCUGCAGGCCACGGAGGCCUCUGUACGCCGCCGGGCCCCCGAGGCGUGUCGGAGGGUCCGCAUCUCUCUGCGGGGUCUGCAUCCUUCCCCCAGCGGUGUGUGCCCUCAGCUGUCGCCGCGCAGGUCGGUGGCUGGUAAGAGCUGUCAGAGCUGGCAGAGACCUUUAACAGCUCCCUGAGCCCUGGCUGGCCCUGGCUGGCGGAGCGUGGGGAGGACGCUGCGCCCAUGCUCUUAUUGCUAGGAAAAAUGUGCCUCAGAAACUGCUGACCUCAGACCGUGCAGAUACUUGAUUUACCAGAGCUGUGAUGGCCAAUCACCAAGCAGAAGUUCAGAGUUUGAAGCUAGAUAAUGAUUCAGUUAUAGAAGGAAUAAGUGACCAGGUACUGGUGGCAGUUGUGCUCAGUUUCACUUUCAUUGCUGCUCUGGUAUAUACCCUUUUAAGAAAUGAACAUCAGAACAUACACCCUGAAAAUCAAGAGCUAGUGCGAGCUCUUCGUCAGCAGCUUCAAACUGAGCAGCAGGAUGCUUCUGCUGGUGAUAGACAUCGUUUCUAUACAGAUAUGUCCUGUCCAGUCUGUUUGCAACAGGCUACAUUUCCUAUAGAAACAAACUGUGGACAUCUUUUCUGCGGGUCCUGCAUUAUUGCCUACUGGAGGUAUGGCUCAUGGCUUGGUGCCAUCCGUUGUCCUAUCUGCAGACAAACGGUAACACUAUUUCUGCCACUCUUUGGUGAAGAUCAGCAGGAUGCAACCCAAGUACUUCAAGAUGUUAAUGAUUACAACCGGAGAUUCUCAGGGCAGCCCAGAUCUAUCAUGGAAAGAAUUAUGGAUCUGCCCACUUUAUUACGUCAUGCUUUCAGGGAGAUGUUUUCUGUCGGGGGCCUCUUCUGGAUGUUCCGCAUCAGAAUAUUCCUCUGCCUGCUUGGAGCCUUGCUCUACCUGGCCUCACCUCUAGAUUUUCUUCCUGAAGCCCUCUUUGGAAUUCUGGGGUUCUUGGAUGAUUUCUUUGUCAUUUUUCUUCUGUUGAUAUACAUCUCUAUCAUGUACCGAGAAGUGGUAACGCAGAGGCUGAACAGAUGAACUGGAUGAAAACUGCCCAAACGCGGGAAGGAAGGGAGAUAGUUGUGGAAUGUAUUAAACAGAGAACUACAACACCAGUGUGAUAGAGCAAGGUGCCUGUGUACAGCUUUUCAGUAGUUAACCAAUUUCAUAGCUGGUCAUCUUUUGUCAAUAUGGAGAGUUAGUGUGUGGCAGUGUUUAACUGGAAUCUUUUAAUAUGUGUAUAUUACAUACUCUUCAAAAGGGUGAGGCUGGUUUCAUAAGGUAAUAAAUGGCCUUAAUCCACCUGAUGAACUGUAUGUAAUCAAACCAGAAAACAGCUUGGUUGGUUGGUUGUUUUUUUUUGGUGUGUGGUUUAUGAUAAAGGAGUUCUGCUAAGAAAUGUCUGAUUGGAUAAUCCAGGCAUGCAUAAGGAAAUUCCUAAGUUCUUCAUAGGGCAGUUAAUUAUUUAAUGUCUCCCUGUCGUGGGCUAGAGGCUUUUAAAAGAGAAGUAGCUUUGUGUGUCUCUCGUGAAAGAAGAAACCCCAAGGACUGCGUUGCAAAUAUCAACCUGCAGUUUUCUGGGUUCUGUCUGCUUCACAAAAACAAGGAGAACACCUCAGUAUUGCUUUAACUGCACUGUGUACAGUGGCAUGCAAUUUGUACAGUUUUAUUUUUGUAUUGGGAAUACACACAUGAUAAUCUGAUUUGGAUAGAGAAACAGGUACUAGGCACACCAGACCAGUUAGUGCUCUGUUUUCAAAUAGGAGCGUGGGUUUGUUCUUUUCAGGCUGGCUUAUUUGAUAAGCAUGUGUGAAAUGAGGAUUUUGUGCUGCUUUAGGUCCAUGCAAGGUGUCUGAAGUGAGAGUUUGCAUUCCUUUAAUUGCAUUAAAGCAUUUAGCCAGUGGACAGAACACUUAACAUUUAAUUAGUGGCUGAGCAAAAGAAGCCAGAACUGGACGUUUACACUACAGAACUUCACCUGGAAUGCACAUUCUGCAGAGCAAGUAUUAAAAACACCUAGAUAUUGAGAUCUUCAGUUUGCACUUUGUUUGGUUGAUUUGGAUCUGGAUAGAUGAGGGUUCUGCAUUACCUUGAAAAACAUCUGUAAUAAGGGACCACCAAAAAAAAAAAAAAAGAGACCUGUGGAAGUGUUUACUAAAAUGCCAGGGUAUUAAUUCUACUUAGCAGUUGGUUUUGUUGUUCUUGAUGUUGAAUUUGAGUAUAGGCUAUCCUAGCUACAGAAGCAAUAUGAAAAUAUUUUCAUGUGAAGAAAUUAAUGCCACUACAAAUGUCAAGGAUAUUAUAGGUCUAUUUACUUUUAAGCUAGAGGAACGAUAAUUGCUGUUUUAUUUUGACUUUGAGUACUUGAAAGACAGCAAUUAGAUGAUUCUUCGUGUGUUUACAUAUAUGGGAUGAGGCUUACAGUGAAAGGGACAUCUUCACAACUUAAGUUCCCCAUCUUUCCACAGCUUCUAGCCCCUAAGCAUGUGCAGGAAGUUGACAGAGCUGGCAUCUGACAUGUCAGUGGUUGGGACUGGAGGCUGUCCUUUAGUGUCAGUGUUUUAAAUUACUCUCAUUUAGGUGCAAAUUCACUGAUCAUCCAUUUGAAAUUUUGCUUUAGAAAAAUCUAAAGGCAGUUUAUAAAUGAAAUAGAUUAUUUCCCCCUUGUUAGGGAUGAGCAAGAGGAGAUACAGGAAGUGAAACAAGGGUAGGAGGAGAGAUGAUGUUUUUGGAAGCAAACACUAUUAGUUUUGGGAAACUGUCUUGAGUAUCUUAGUUGAACUUUUCCCUUAGUGUUGGCACCACAGAAGUAUGGUCAUGGUUUAGUGGCUACCUCAAUUAAAAGUCAUUAUGAAUAAACAUGGCAUAUUCAUAAACUGUUAGGUACAUUUACAAAGCAAAACAGUACUUUAGGAUGUUAAUUAAGACAUGAUUUUGCAAUUCUGCUGUGAGCAUUCUUUUGUCAAUUAUAAUUUCUGUUGUUGUUAGGUUUUAUUAGUUUUUGUUUUGGCUUGAUUCAGCUGGAAGCAUGCUCCAAAAAGAUUUUUAGUUCAGUAAAUUUAACACCCUAGACCCCACUUAUUUUCUUGGAGUUCAGUGGGUCUGCUUAAAGACAAGAGUGAAUUGCUGUUUUAGAACUGGAGUCUGUUCAUAGAAUCUGUUGAUCUAGUACCUCCUCCAUAUGUUUAUUCUGUGGUUCUAUUUAUGCUCCUCCACAUGACUGUCUAAAUCAAAAGUGGUUUUAGUCAGAAGUGUUUGUUUUCAUUGAGUUCCCCAGUUCCAGAUGCUACUAUAAAAUUCAUGCAGAAAUACCCAUUUGAGAGGUCUGCUUCUAAAAAACUGACCUUGUUGCGUACCUGAAUUCUUGUGAAAGCCACAUCUGAAUGGCUAUAUAAAGUCUGCCUGUGUUCUGUUUUCUUUCUUCUACUGCAUUUCUCUUAGCCAGAAGGGUUUCAGUCAGAGGCAUCUGCUUACUUUUGGAUAACAUUGUAUGCUUAAAUCCAGCAUCUUAAAUGCUUAACAGAGUCAGGACCAUCCUUCCUUUUCACCAAGGUGUACUUGCUCAUGGAGAGGGGUAUUUUUGAUCCUGCGAACCGCCGAUGAGUAGCAUUAUGACUUUGUUAGGCCUUUUUGUGAACAACUCUGACGUGAAAAUGCAUCUGUCCUGUAGCAUCUGGCUGCUGCUCCUUUACAGAGAUCUAAACUAGCUGUGAAUUAAGUUAUUUUGGGUACUUGUCUUGAGCUUAACUUAAGCUCUAGACCUUCCAAGAAGCUUAAAUUCAGUAAAUGAGCAUGUACUAUUCCUGAACGGUGAGCUGCCGUGUUGUUCUGGCAGCAGCUUUCAAGAGUUGAGCACUGGCUUCAGAAGGUGAAGGAAAUACCUGAUAAUGUGUGGAGAGUUGCUGCAGAUUAAUCUCUCAGAAUGGGGCAGCUGUGUCACUAAGAAAGGAAAGGGGGGGCUGGGGAAAGGAAAUUUUCAGCAGCAAAGAGGAGAUACAGGAGAGAAAACACAGUUCUUAAAGCAAAAUGUACUUCUUCACCAAAAACUGUGUGACGGAUUCGAUUGUUCUAGCAAUAUUAACAAGGAGGAAGACUAAAGUUAUACCUUAUAGCUCUUACAGAAUAACUUGUAGCAUCUUGAGGCCUACUAUCAUCCUUAUGACAAGUGCUGUAUAGAGCAAUCUGUUUCUGUGUUGUUUGUGUCCCACACUAUUGAUGUCUUGAGAGGACGAGACAGAAUGGUGUGAUUUGGGGAUAUAGUUUUGCCAUAGGUUUCAUAGAACUGUAGCAGUGACCUGUGUGUUAUACUACAUUUUUAAGACAAAAGGAUUUGAACAUGUUUGUUGUUACUUUUAAUGCUAAUAAAUUGCUAUUGAAAUAA